AGCCAGCUGAGCAACAGGUUCAGCGCCAGUCACGUGACUAGUUGUGUAGGUGUCAGGUGCUGGUUUAGCUUUUGUUUUCGUUCGCUAAUGACAACAUCACAUGAUUAAAUUAGAGAGGCAUGGCGGAUUCAGACCGACACACAACCCCUUUGGAAAGUGCGAUAUACCAUGGGAUUAGUCCCCGCAAAAUUUUGUUUGUGAGAUGUUUCAAUGGUUUUGUGGGUAUUGUUGUUUUUAUAUCAUUCCUUAUAUGUUUGGUCCAAGGUCAUGUCAGAGAAAACUCAUCUCCGGACUAUCUUCUUGCCUGCAAUUUAGUUAUGAGCAGCCUGGUGGCAUGUGCUGUGGCUUGGUGGUACAGAAGUGGAGACUUGGCACCUGACAAAUAUUGGUUCUUGCUGGUUGUGGGUGCAGUAAUCUUGUUCCAGUGCCUUACAACAGAUAUCUAUGUGUUUCACAAGCAAAUCACCAUAGCUCCUACUGUUGCACCAAUAACAACAACACCAAAAUAAUCUUCCUAAAGUCACAGGACAAUCAACUAAGACUAUGUAUGUUGUCGCGUCCUUUUCCUUUUUUUAAUAACUGUUUUAGCCAGUUAAAUCAUUAUGUAAGGACCUUCUUCUCCGUAGCACACAAUUUAAGAUUAAAUAAAGGUUUCACCACAAUACCACCACCAAUUCUAUUAAAAAUCCCUUUCCAUUUGUUAUGCUUUCCUUCCUAGUCUAGUAUUGAAGUUUUUAAGGGUUUAUUUAUUUUUGUAAAGAACUUUUAUGCAUCAGCUAAGCAACAAAGAAAGAGUUUACUUUUGCAAAGAUAAAUUACUUUCGACAACAAA